GGUGCGCUCGGCACUCGAGCUCCGUGGAGGCUCGAGCACGCGGCACGCUCACUUCAGUCGGUCGGCGCUUCGCCCCGCUAGUAGUCGUCGGUCGUCGCGGCCACACGCCUCCGCAUCUCCACCUACACACGCACUAUUGAUCGCUUCAUUCAUAAUGUUUUGAAGUAUUCUCGCAAAACAAACCGGCCUUUUUGGUGCUAUAUUACAAAAGUAAAUCAAACAUGUUUUUUACGAGACACUAAUAAAUAAGACUAUUUUUAUUAGCAUUUUUUCAAAAUAAGUGAGACAUUUGAAGAACAAUUUUGAACAGUAUUAUUUUAUACGAGUUUUUGUUGUUGGUGAAAAAAAAGUCCAACAUGAAGGAUAAGAAAAAAGGCGAUGGAGCCCACGAGGCAAUGCUGGGCGAUGGUCAGGUGCCACAGAUCGUCAGCAAAGAGACCAAGAAAGCAGACGAAUAUGAAGCCCUUCAGAGUUUCCUGAGGAGUAUCAGUUCCACAGCGACACUACCACCUUAUGUGAAAGGAGAAACUUACUCCUCCACGCGAGGCGUGUUCAACCAGUGCCUAAUAACAUGCGCCGUCCUUAUUCUGGCGGCGGGAGCUGGUCACCCUAUUGGUUUCUCGGCCGUCGCCCUGCCGCAGCUCAGGAUCGAGAACAGCACCAUGAGGAUAGAUGAAGAAAUGGGAUCUUGGAUCGCAAGCAUUCAUUCGGCGGCGACGCCACUGGGAUCGAUGUUAUCUGGUCCGAUCAUGGAGGCUAUCGGGCGAAAGCGGACCCUGCAAGCAUGCACCCUGCCUCUCAUUGUCGGCUGGAUCAUAAUAGGCACGGCCUCUCAUCACGCCUUGCUUCUCCUCGGUCGGAUCGUGUGCGGAUUCGCCGUUGGCAUCAUGGCAGCACCUUCGCAGGUUUACUUAGGGGAAAUUUCAGAGCCAAGACUGAGAGGGUUAUUAAUAGGCACGCCUUUCGUUGCGUAUUCUCUUGGCGUGUUGUAUGUCUACGCGCUAGGAGGGGCUCUGCCAUGGCGGUCGGUGGCUCAUCUAUCCACUGUGCUGCCAGCCCUGGCCUUCAUAGCUUUGUGCCUGUCACCUGAGAGCCCCACGUGGCUGGCACGACGGGGACGCUUCCACGACGCUAUGGCUGCAAUGUCACGCCUGCGCGGGGAUCCAGACACUGCCCAACGUGAACUCCACGAGUUGAUAUCAGCCCGGGAGAAGGAAAAGGCUCGCGGUGAAGAGAAGAUAAACUUCCUAGAGACUGUUAGACGGGCGCCGGUGCUGAAGCCACUGCUCCUGAUCAACGCCUUCAACAUACUGCAGAUAUUGUCCGGCAGUUACGUUGUUAUCUUCUACGCUGUGGACAUCGUUAAAGACUCCGGUGGCGCACUUCAACCCACUAUGGCAGCUAACGCGAGUGCACUGGUGCGACUGGCAGUGACGGUGAUAGCGUGCAUCCUCCUGCUCCGCAUCACGCGGCGCGCGCUGGUGCUGGUGUCGGGCAUCGGCACGGCGGUGUGCACACUGGCGCUCGCCGCGCUGCUCUCGCAGGGCCCCGGCUCCGGCGUCACGCCCCCCGCACUCAUCCUCGGCUACGUCGCCUUCAACACCCUCGGCUUCUUCCUCCUACCUGGACUCAUGAUCGGAGAACUCCUACCCACCAAAGUUCGAGGACUAUGCGGCGGCUACAUAUUCUGCCUCUUCAACUCUGUCCUCUUCGGAUUCACUAAGCUAUACCCAGUCAUGAAAAACAGUAUAGGCAUCGCCGGAGUGUUCGGACUAUUUGGUGCCUCAUCCCUUCUCGCUACCGUAGUUCUAUUCCUUCUUCUGCCAGAGACGAAAGGCAAGUCUCUUCUACAAAUAGAACAGUAUUACCAAAAACCUAAUAUUUUGUGGAUCUCGCGUAAGAAAAUGACGACAGAAAGCCAAAGGGUCUGAAGGUACUUAUUUAAAGGUGUUGUACUUAAUAAGCGAGCGUGUGAGUUGUGACUGCUUGCAUGAUAUGUGAGUACUCCUUUAGUAGUGAUGUACCUUGUAGAUAAAAUGACAAAAUCUCAACCGAUACCUCAAUCAAAAUAUAAGGAUAUUUAUACCCGAUUACCGGAAAAGGGUAACUGCUAUCGCACUAACUCGAUGAAGCUGUUAUAUAUUCUGUGAUAAAAGACUAAUAUCCGUAGCAUUCGAUAAAAGUAAUCAGAUGCCUUCAUUAUUGAACAAUAAAUAGGUAUUGAAGCUCCAUGAGCCAUAAAUAAAUAAUUUGCUAUUUAAUUCAAUCGAUUAGGUAGAGUAAGAAAGAAGAUUUAAAUGUAAAUGUAUAUUUUAUCAAUACAAAGCUGUUAUAUACUACUGUUACAAGUAGAGGAAUGUGAUUUUACGUAUCCGAAAAAUGAGCUAACUUAUUUUAAACACAAAUAAAAUACAUUGAAAUUAAAUCACUAGUUAUAAGUAAAUUCACUUAUGCGGUUAUUCCGUUAUCAAGACCAUGCCUUUUGUAAUGUUUCUAAUACGAUGUAAAACCAAAAAUAACUGCGGUAUUAAAUACCAUUGUAAUAUAGCAAUGAGAGAUUUUUAUCUGUGAUUUAUGUAAAUGUCCGCUUAAGAGAUGUAUUUGCAGGCGAUUAAUUAGGUAUAGAAAUAUAAUAUUUAUGUACUUAUCGAUGUUUAUCAAGGUAUUUAAUAUUUAUCAUGUUUCUAUGAACAAUCCAUAACUGAAAACUAAACCAUGUCCUGAAAACGUAUAGGUAUAAAAGCAACUUUGUAACUCGUUUACAAGAGAUAAUGAAAUCUUAGGUACAUAAAAAUAAAAAUAUUGUACAUUAUAAUGAGCCUAUUUGAAUAUGAAGGCUUUUAUUCUCGAAUACAACAAUAUAUUACUAUUAUUUAUUUUCACACGCUGCCAACUGACUGGUUAGACGUGGGUAAGACCAAGAGCAUGAAGUUUAUUUUUGUAGAUCGACAUAAUUAUGUCCAACUAAACAUCAUGUAUUGAAAAAAUAAACAUCAUGUUAUUUAACUACCAA